AUGUUUCGAACGGCGGCGAAUCGAUUUUUGUGCGGUGCAAGGCACUUCAACGGAAACAUUGGACUCCGAUUCCGGCGUCCUCUUGCAUUGAUAACCUCUUCUCGCUUUUCCACUACGGAAAAUCCUUUUUCUAAUCCACACUCUAUCCAUGAUGCAAUUCCCAUUUCCACCACCGAAAACCCUAGUUUCAAAGAUUCCACUUCUUCAACAUCGUCGUCAUCAUCAUCAUCAUCCGAUGAAGAUUCACGGCGCGAGAGUUCGAAAUCAAGAGCCAAGUACGAGAACGAACAUGCUCGCUUGCUUCAUGCCUCACUCACUCACGUCAUGAAGCUGGGAUGGACAGAAGCAGCGUUAAUGGCAGGGGCGAAGGAUGUUGGUCUUUCUCCUUCUAUUGUUGGAUCUUUGUCAAGGAAGGAAGCUGCGUUGGUUGAGUUUUUCAUGGAUGACUGCUUACAAAGACUCGUUGAUAAAAUUGACACUGACGAAACCUUGAAAAAAUUGUCACCAAGUGAUUGCAUCUCUAAGCUUAUCAAAUUCCGUCUAGAAAUGCAAGCUCCUUACGUGUCCAUAUGGCCUGAAGCUUUAAGUAUCCAGGCACAGCCAGUAAAUGUUCCAACGAGUUUUAAGCAGAGGGCAAUGCUUGUGGAUGAGAUCUGGCAUGCUGCUGGCGAUAAUGCCUCUGACAUCGAUUGGUAUGCCAAGCGCACUGUCCUUGGAGGAAUAUACUCAACAACAGAGAUUUAUAUGCUGACAGAUAGUUCUGCUGAUUUUCAGGAUACAUGGGCAUUUUUGGAUGCUCGAGUGAAAGAUGCAUUUGAUCUGAAGAAAACCAUUCAAGAGGCACGAUAUUUAGCAGAAGCUGUCAGUAUUGGGCUGGGAAACUCGUUUCAAAGGUUUGUUGGGAAAGUUUAUAGGAGAUGA